GAUGCGAUAUUCUCACAAUGUGUUGCAAUAUCAGAAAUAAAAUGUUUGCGCCGAUUGUUAUUUAUAUGUAUAAUGAACAGAUACCCAAAAAGCAUUAUACAAAUUAUCAAGUAUUCUUAGAACCCACUGUAUGUCAUCUGGUAUCCUCAAUAACUUAUUUGAUCUCUACAGUAAUGACCGAAAACUCACAUUUUUCCGCUUUAAUUGCAGUAUUCAUUAAGGUGAUUUAAGGUUCAAUCUACAACAAAAGCUGUAAGCAUUAGUGGAGGGAAGGCCGAAAACACUGUAAGGAAAGUGCUGUGCUGUCUGGCGUACCUGGCCUUUCAGCACUCCAUUUUUAACUUUUUUUUUUUUUUUUUAAAUAUACUUACACCUUGAUUCACACAACACUGACUCCUUUCAGGACCAAUUUAGACAGGUAGUUUAUUUAAUAAUAAUAAUAAAAGGCUAUGAUAUGUUGUAGUGCUCAUUAAGGUAGUAAACAACAUUUUUCUGAUGUGCUUUGAAUUAUUUUUUUUCAAAGUCAAAUCUAAAAUGCCGGAACUGUCUGCUAUCAAGUACAUGAGUUUCAUGGUGUACAUUGUUUUAUUUUUUACAUAGGGCUAUUCUUUCAGAUCAUCGGCCCACAAAACUGGUCAUCAAACAUCUGUAUUUAAUACAGUUAAUAUACUGUACAGGGGUUGUACCAAAACAUUAAAAAUGUGUACAGAUGCAAAAUAUAGCACUGUUUGUCUAAGUUCUCUAGGCAUGAUACAUUUGUUUACGCUUAUAAUCUGGAUAAUUACAAUUCCUCAGUCCAACUGAGAAGUGUAAUAACGUUUGGAAAUAACUUCUGUAGCUUGUAUAUUAGGAUACAAUUUUUAAACAGCUUUUGCAUUCAAAAGGCAGAUACCUGUAUAUGUAGAUAACUGAACUUUUAGAUCCAUCACGUUAAAUGCUAAUGCGUUUGUUGUUUUUGAAAAAUUACUGAUCUCCAGGGCUCCAUUAUAUUUUUUACAUUCAUAUUGAAUGCUUACUGUAUUUGUAAUCUCCAAAAAAAAAAAAAAAUGGUUCUGUUCGUAAUGUCAGAUGCUUGAAAGUUAUAAUUCAACAAACUGGAAAGAACAUUCACUGCAAAUAUUAUAAAGGACGCUGAUAAUGUAAAGUGAUCUGGAGCACACCACACAUGAUUUACUGUACAGUAGGGCCUAUUUGUUUGUGUUUCCUAUUAAUCUCAAAGUAACACAACACUUUUGUUGAACUUUAGUUUCCUGUAUUUUUUAUACUUUAAAUUGAAAUAUGCAGAUGUAAGCCAGUGCUGUGAAAUUUUGCUGCUGCUUCCUACUACCUAAUAACUUGUGUUUUAGUUCAUACUCACCCCUGUGGUCUAGCUACAAUCAGAAAAUGUCACCUACAGCUAAGGUACCAGUAUUCAGCACUAUCUGUACUAAAUAAUCUCACCACAAUAAGAGAAGGGCCAGUAUUUUUAACAAAGAUAUAAGGUAGGUAAGAAAUUUGACAUUUUGAAGCCUUGGUUCCAUUAAACUCUCCAUGUAUUAAUUAGUACACUACUGGGAAUUAGUAUCAGAGAUUAGACUUCUUUUUGAAGACACCAGACUGUUGGUAAUCUCAGAUAAUUCCCAAUGUUGAUGAUAUUGUUCCAGUUAUAUGUCAGUGAAUGAAGUGUUUUUGUUGGUUCGAAUUAUUCUUUUUUGUGGUGAUUUUAUAUGCAUCUUUAACUUAGAUGUGUGCUGCUCACAAAAGGUAGUGUUUUAAGAGGUUCUGUUAUGUACUGUACAAAUUUAACUAGAAAUCUUGACAAUUCUGUCAAUAAAUGUAUAUGUAUGUAUUUGUUUAAUUCUUUGUGCCAGCCAGAUGCACACAUACAGUAUAAAGAACAGUACUUAUUCUUCCAUUAAUAGCAUCUGUCAGUUAUUUCAAAAUACUCUUUUGAAUACUGAUGUCAAUCUGAGUCCUUUGAUGAAAAGCAGUUGUCAGCGUAAACGUACAGAAUGUUUGUUUUCUGGGUUUAUGGUAAAGCUUUGACAUACAUCUGCAUGUACCAGAGGUGCGUAAUAUAAUGUUUAAGACAAGGUUAUAGAUGGAGAUAUGCUCUGCAUAGAUGACAGCAACAUCAGUCAUGCUGCUUUAAGCAGUAUCAGUUAAUAUCUUUAUUUAUCUGUUUACAGGCCUGUAUAUUGAUCUUUGUUUUUCUUUGUUUGUUUUGUACCUUUUACUUUACGUCAAUUCAAUUCUGAGAACUGCAGUUCAGUAAAACUAUGGAGGAGCUGGUUCAUGAUCUAGUCUCGGCCCUGGAAGAAAGCUCAGAACAGGCCCGUGGAGGCUAUGUGGAUAUUGAAGACCAUUCUGCCACGGUGGGGUGCCUCCUCAAACGGCAGGCCAGGAAGCGGAGGGGAAGAAAGAGGCGGUCUGACAAUGCUCACAAUCCCUGGGAGCCCUGCCACUACCUGAGCGAGGGCUCCGAGUCCAGUCUGGAAGAGCAAAACAAGGACUACAGAGACAACCACAACAGCAAUUACAAAGACAACAGCGACUCGGAUGAGCAACUUCUGGUUGCCAAGAGGCGGCCUUCCUCAGCCCUGACCGCUGUCAGAGGCAAGAGACCCCUGUGGCACGAGGACUUGGCUUCCGAAAACAGCAGAACUCUUCGCAGGAGGAGGAAGGUGAAACGCAUGGCAAUUGAUCCGCCAGCAGAGGUCACUGGUGCACUUACACUGACCCAGCAACAGGGCAGCAGCAGAGACCAAAUAAUGGACUCUGAAAGCAAGCCACAGCAGGAGAUCACCAAGAGCAAAGUCAAAAAGAGAAAGCUGACUUCAACAAAGCAGGGGGCAGAGGUCCUAGACGAGGGGGUGGUUGUGGAAACUGAGGAAUUGAGUCAAACAAAUAAAGACAAAAUGGAGUACGAGGAACACAAGGACUCGGAUGAGAAUAUGAGUGACAGUGAAACUAGCAGCAUCAGCAACAGUAGUGAUGGUGGCUUGUAUACCAAUGAUGAAGGAAGACAAGGUGACGAUGAGCAGAGUGACUGGUUCUUUGAGGGUGAGUCUGGAGGGGCCUGCGGCAUCGCUGGGGUCAUCCCCUGGUGGGAAAAAGAGGACUCCUCAGAGCUGGAGAAAGAGCUGUCUAAUCCGGUCUUUAAGACCAUCCUAACUGGCUCCUUCCCCCUUAUGUCAGAGUCAGCCCAAAGAGGUUUUCAAGCUAGACUGGGUCGCCUGCAUGGGAUGCCAUCCAGGAUGAACAAAAACGCACUGCAGCCAUCCACUGGAAAGAUUAGCACUCCUGGGCCUGGCAGUAAUGAGAGACUGUCCCACUUCUCCCAGGACCCCCAUCAUCACGACCGCUGGUUCAGCCCCGGGGCAAGGAAGGAUCAUAGUCAGCUUCUGUGGGAUGUUCGGCCUGACAGAGGUCAUAGGAAGAGCUGCUCAUUAACAACUGGAAUCAGACAAACAAGUGUACACUUAGGAUCGCUCUGCACAGGAGACGUCAAGCGGAGACGCAAGGCUGCACCUAUUGCUGGACCAAUGACAACAGGGUUUGUAGGUGAAAAUGUGCAGCCAAUCCCGGAGAACAACAUCGGCAACAGGAUGCUGCAGAGUAUGGGCUGGUCCCCUGGUAUGGGGCUAGGACCAGAUGGUACUGGAAUAUCGGAACCAAUUAGAGCACUGCAGAGACCAAAAGGGGCAGGACUUGGCUUUAGCUGACGACAGACAACUUUAGUUACCUCCCUCAGUAAACCCUAUGGAUCAUGAAAGCAAGACAAAUAUUUGCAAUGUCAUCUUGGACCAGUUGUUUGACGAAUAUGGGAUUCUUACACCAGCUCAUUUUGAUAGUGGUAAAAUGUAAACAAACAAAAAAAAUGGAUUUAUGCUAUAC